CUCUAUAAAUAUACAUGCGUAUACAUACAAGUGUGCAUUACAAAUUUACAUAGCCCUCGUAUUUUCUCCCAUCUUGAAAUGGCGUCAAGAAAUAAUCCUAGGAACUGCCAGACCCAAACUUUUCGCCCUUUAGCAAACUUCGAGCCUAGUUUAUGGGGUGAUUGUUUCAGUUCAUUCUAUUUUGAUAACCAGGCAUAUGAAAUGUAUUCUAAAGAGAUUGAACUGUUGAAAGAAGAAGUGAGAGGUAUGCUACUAAAUGCAGAAAGUAAAGCAACAGAGAAAAUGAAAUUGAUCAACACACUCGAACGCCUUGGUAUCUUCUAUCACUUUGAGAAAGAGAUCGAAGAGCAGAUCAAACAAAUCUUUCACUCCCAUGCCCACUUUCAAAAUAUUGAAGACUACAAUGAUUUGAGCACAACUGCUCUUCAUUUUGGAGUAUUUAGACAACAUGGUCAUAACAUAUCUUGUGAUGUCUUCAACAAAUUUAAAGACGGCGACGGUAAAUUCAAUGAAAACCUUACUAGGGAUGUAAUGGGGAUGCUAAGUUUGUAUGAGGCUGCACAUUUGAGGAUUCAAGGAGAAGAUAUUCUCGAUGAGGCUCUUGCUUUCACAACCACUCACCUAGAGUCCAUGGUAACUCGUGAAUUAAGCCCUCUUCUUGCAAAGCAAAUUAUGCAUGCCCUAAAGCAACCCCUCCACAAAGGCAUCCCAAGAUUAGGGGCAAGGCAUUACAUCUCUAUCUAUGAAGAAGACUCUUCUAAGAAUGAAUUGUUACUGAAAUUUGCAAAGUUUGACUUCAAUCUGUUACAAUUGAUGUACAAGCAAGAACUAUGCCACAUAUCAAGGUGGUGGAAACAAUUGGACUUUGAGUCAAAACUUUCUUAUGCGAGGAGCAGAGUGGUUGAGUGCUAUUUUUGGGCUAUGGCAACAUUUUCUGAACCUCAUUACUCCCUUGCAAGGGUCAUGCUCACAAAGAUUAUGGCAAUGGCAUCAACUAUGGAUGAUACAUAUGAUGAAUAUGGUACACUUGAAGAACUCAAACUUUUUACCAAUGCAGUCCAGAGGUGGGAAACAAGUGCCAUUGAUCAGCUCCCAGAUUACAUGAAGAUAUUCUAUAGAGCUCUCCUAGAUCUCUACGAAGAAUUCAACAAGGAAAUGACAAAGCAAGGAACAUUAUACAGUGUCCAUCAUUCAAAAGAUGCAUUUCAAGAACUGGCGAGGAGUUACUAUACCGAGGCCAAGUGGUUCAAUGAAGGAUACAUGCCAUCAUUUGAUGAGUACAUAUCUAACGCCCUAAUCAGUAGUGGUUAUUACCUCCUCGCAACGUCAUCCUUUAUGGGCAUGGGAGCAAUUGCUACCACUGAGGCAUUUGAAUGGCUACAAAAUAAACCCAAAAUUAUUGUAGCUAUUACUACAAUUGCUAGGCUAAUGGACAACAUAGUAGAUCAUGAGGAAGAAAAGAAGAAGGGAAACACUGCUACGGGGAUUGAAUGCUACAUGAAGCAGCACGGCAUAUCAAAGAAAGAGACAACUGAUGAGUUCUAUAAGAAGAUUGAAAAUGCAUGGAAGGACAUCAAUGAGGAAUGCCUAAAGCCAUCAAACCCCGUCUCGAUGCAUCUCCUAACCAGAAUUCUCAACCUUGCUCGUGUAAUGGAUGUCUUUUACAAGUUUGAAGAUGGGUACACUCAUCCGGAAAGAGGGCUGAAAGAUCACAUUGUGUCAAUGUUCGUUGAUGCCAUACACAUAUGAUCAGCAUGCGCAAUUUGUGUUUAAUUGCAUGAAGUUUGGUUAAGCAUAGAUUUGGUGUACUUAAAUAAGUUUCAGGGUUUGUGUUUAUCUCGUCUAUUAAUUAGUAUAUUUCUUUCGGUUCAUGAAUAGUUUGAAGUUCGUUUAUUGUAAUGAAUUGUGUAUGUGCCCUUUUGGCGUUGUUGUUGUAAUUAUAAAAGCGCUUUUAUGAGUAGAGUUGUCAUAAAAGUGCUGUCAAUAAAAACAUGUUAGGUGUU